CUCAAGUUGAUUCUGAUCCGACGUUAACUCUUCUGCUUUGAGAUUCGACGACUCAAACCAGGACUGAGUCAGCGAACUAUCGCUCCACACCUUGGCAGAUUGUAGUCUACUGAAUUGGCUUUCCGUCCCGUUCCUUUUCCAAGUCAAUAUGGAAAGUUCCCACACGUACACGAUCGAGAAGUAUUCACGCUUGUAUCCUGGAACGUCAGGUACCGGCGAUUCCACCGGAUGGGUAUUUCUGGCUGACAAGCCUAUGGGUGUUACUAUUACGGAGAACAAUACAGGUGGGGGCAUGUUGAGGGUUUUUGUUAUGGUGCCCAAAACGGUGGAGCUGGUAGGUGGAAUGAUGCAUUUGCGAGUACCCGAACGACUACCCAACUGUUGCGCAGGAGAUGCAUGAUUUAUCAAAAGAACGAAUCGAAGCGGCACGGCUGAUUGUGUUACAAAAGGAUUUAGUCAUCUAUGUCAAGUACAGUGCGGACAACGUGAGUUCUGAGCAUCUGAUCCGUUGCAUCAUGUCGUUUAAUCAGUGGGUGUCAUGUAGGGCGCUAUUCGCAGGUUUCAGCUGAAAUUUCGGCAAGAUACCGAUCGAGCGUCAUGUGCGACUGUUCUGUCCCGUUUCGUAGCUGUGAAGUCGAUACAACCUACCGCAUCCCGGCCGCUGGCCAUUCAAACACAAGCUGGGUUAUCUGCUGGCAUAUCUGAAAUGUCUCCUAUUCACCUAUCUCCUACCACUUCAUGCGAAGUAAGCUAUGAACACCCCCGAACUUCUAAACUACAUGGAUUGCGCUUACCAACGCCCGUAUCCCCGCUGUCGACGGCAACAAAUGUCGACACGUCAACUUCAACUGGACGGGCCUUGGAUUACUUUAACCAGCCUUCAGCCGUUUGCUCGAAUAGACCAUCUUUGGGAUCGACACUGGAGUGUAGCUUGCCUUUGAUGUCCACUGUCACCCCGCAGUCAUGUUCGAAUGAUAUCCUACAUGCGUCCACAUCGGGAUCUCCUGACGCACAGAAAAAUCAUACAUGUAUUCCGUCGAUUGCGUGCCUCAAGAAUGCAAAUUCUACCGCUCAUAAUGAGGCAACUGGGAGCCAUGCAUUGCAGGCUGCGUGUUCGCAUUCGAAGGCUUCACCACAGCUGUCUGACAUUCCAGUUCAGCAAGGAAAAAUAGUUCAGGCGGCUGCAACGGAAUAUGCUCAGAUAACAAAGACACUGGACAAUGUCUUUGGUGAAACUGGAACGAUCAAUCUAGAUUACCUGUCCGAUGCCGGUCUAUGCUCUCUACUUCGCAAAAUUAUGCAGAACAAAGAGUUUCAAACCCUAUUAACCCGGAUAGAUUUUGACGGUCUUAAAGAGGUAUUGGACACAUAUGAUAGCCUGUGAUUACUUGUACCUAUUGUUUUUAUUUUGCACGCUGAAUUAGAUAGACGAGUAGUACUUUUAAGUUUAACAGGUUGUUUUUAGAUAUUCAAUGACCAGCAAUAUAGAAUAUGGCUUGGUUUUAUU